UUGUUGUAAGAGGUGUGUGGGCAUGACAGCCGGCCUUGCCUCUUCAUCAUCACCGGCCAGUAAUUCCUGUGUAUGAUUCAGGACAACUUCCCUCCAAUAUCACGGGGCUGAUCGAGAGCGUCUGUGCAAACCUACAGCCCCCGAGGAACGGGGCAAGACUGUAGAAAAGUUGUUUGUGUGACGGUUGACGCCUUUCUGUGCGCUCGACGCUUCACCGCGCGUCGUACUCCGCCGUCUGCUGCGCCCCAACCGGUCCCCGACCGCAGAGAGACAUAGAGAGAAAGAUCUACGUAAGUAUGAGCAGCUCGAGUAGUCGGGCGGGGGCCUACCGUGUUAGAGAACAACAUAUGAGCAUAAUCCAGCAGCCGCCCCGCUCCGCCUACCAGAAGCAGCCUUCCAGCGUCACCAACAGACCCAAGUCAGUCUACGCCAACUACUCAGGGAGCUCCCAGCAGCCGGUGCGCCAGUAUCCAAAGUCCGUCAUAACGUUCGAGUUUUACGACCCGCCGCUAGGAGCGGGAGGAGUUCCCAACAACAUGGCAGACCCCAACCCGCACCACCAGCUAGUCGCCUCGCCUCAGAGACGCCCACUCCGCGUCACCGCUCCCUCGGCACUUCGGGGCGGCUCUCCAAAGCCGGCCACCCGCCAUCAAGUCGGUGUAAAGAAACUAGGAGGAGGAGGAGCGAAGUUAGUGUCCCAGCAAAGAACUAGCAGUGCUUCUCCUACUGCACUUGGCCACUACCAGUCCAACGCAGGCUACUUCACCAUCACCGCCUACCUUCCAUUUGACGGUGGAAAAAGACUCAAGCUGCAAUGUACGCCAGGGAUGACGGUACAGCAAGUGAUAGAGACUGAAAUACCAGACAUCUCACGAACUGGCUACCAGGUGUACCAUUUCCCGUCGCGAGCUCUGCUGAACCCCGAGAAAGAUGCCGGUGUUCUGCAAGACCAGGAGAUCUGCAUUGAACCGAUGAGACUCCACAACAAAGGAGAAGUCAACGACAAAAGGCUGGCAAUAGUGAAGGAACUCCUCAGGACUGAAGACAUGUACCUCGAGAGCCUCAGGAACAUCUUUGACGUCUACAUGGAACCUCUGAGGAAAUGGAGCCUCCCUCAAACAGACAUGAACGUAAUGUUUCGCUCCCUCAGCAGACUCUGCGACCUUCUCAUGAACUUCUUCUCUGAGCUUGAAAUUGCGGUGGGAAUAUGGGACACUCGGCGUACGCUGAUCGGAGGACUCUUCAGGCAGUACACCCCUCCUUCUGGGACCUGUACGAGGAGUAUGGAGUAAACUACCCCAGAGCCAUCAGACUGCUGAAGGAGAAGUGUCGCGAUGAUGGCUUCAACAGAUUCCUGGCCAUGAAGAGAGGAGCAGCCAGACACACUCUCGAGUCUCUCAUGUUGCUUCCUGUCCAGAGGAUCUACGAGUAUCACCGACUGUUGGUGCAGUUGUUCACAAUCACCUCCAAAGACCAUCCCGACUACGAUGACCUGCGACAUACUGUGGCACGUGUACAACAUGUAGUCC